AUGUCAUCCAGAAUUAAUUUAAAAGAAGAGGAUCUAUCAAGGAAAGCAUUGGAAUCGUUGAUCGCGACGUGCAAACAAGAUCCCAAAUUAGUCGAUGACAAGGAUGUACAAAUUGUCGUAAAUACUACCAGAAAGAUGGGUAUUCCAAAGGAUUAUAUUCCUAGGAUUAUCCCAUUACAAUAUUGCAAGCUUAACAAGCCAAGAGAUUUGAGAAUUCUGUUGAUUACAAAGGAUCCAUCUACUAUUUAUAGAGAGGCUAUCACAAAGGAUGAACCAGUCAAUGAGUUAAUUAAAGAAAUCAUCACAGUGAAAAAUCUUAAACGUCGUUUCAGGGGGUCGAAACUAAAUGAAUUAUACUCGGAAUUUGAUUUAAUUGUGGCAGAUUAUAGAGUACAUCAUCUACUACCGAAAGUGUUAGGUACAAGAUUUUUCCAUGGGAGUAAAAAACUACCAUUCAUGAUUAGAAUGUCUAAAAAUGUCAAAGUAAAACGUCAACAAAUGGUAGAAGCCUGUGAUACUUCAUAUAUACGGGCUCAAUUGAAGAGUAUAUGUAAGAAUGCACAUUACUUCCCGAAUGAGGACAAUUGUUUAAAUAUCAAAAUCGGACAGAUUGGUAAGCAAAAUAUUGAUGAGAUGGUAUACAAUGUAUUGGAUGUUGUAACGUUCUUAACAGAUAGCAGUAAGAGGCCUCAGGGUGGGGUUAUUAAAGGUGGGAUUGAUUCUAUAUAUAUUAAAACCAGUAAUAGUGCAAGUUUGCCACUGUAUAUCAAGAGUGAAGAACCUACGAGAGACGAUGAUGAUGACAGUGAAUUAGAGUUGUAG